AUGAACGCCCCGUUUUGUGAAGCAGUAGGCGCUUUAAUGCACUUGAUGACCGCGACACGACCGGACAUUGCCUUUGCUGUGAGUUACGUUUCGCGCUUCAUGGAAAACCUCCAAGUCGAGCAUUGGAUGGCGGUCGAGCGCAUUUUGCGAUACUUACAAGGGACUAAGUCGGACGGCAUCUGUUUUAAGUCUGAUGACAAGAUAGACUUCUGCGGCUACUCGGAUGCAGACUGGGCCGGCGACCAUGCAGACCGCAAGUCGACUUCGGGAUAUGCGCUCAUCCUGAUGGGUGCUCCGGUGAGCUGGGGAAGCAAAAAGCAGUCAAGUGUGUCGCUGUCAACAAGUGAAGCUGAGUGCAUUGCAUUAAGUCUGGCUAUUCAAGAAGGCAAGUGGGUGCAUCGAUUGCUGUGCGAUAUUCUGGAUGCCGCAGAGGACAAGUCUGGACCCGAGCUCAAGAUCAUGGAAGACAACCAAUCGUGCAUCAAGAUGACGAAGAAUCCUGUGAACCAUGGUCGGGCCAAGCACAUCGACACUUGUGGUCCAAUGGAAGUCGACUCGCUAGGUGGAAGCAAGUACUUGCUACUUGUUAAAGUCUGA